CUGUCGCCACCAUGUCUACGAACUCGUUCUGAAAAGUAUAUUUGAAGCUAAAAUACCACAAGUCACCCGUAGCCCUGAUAUUCCACUUUUUAAAAAGUUUAAAGAUAACUGGAAAAAUGUUAAUCCAAGUGUCUUUGAAACCUGUCCAGAUUUUGUGAAAAAACACGUCAACGAUGCAGUCCGCAGUGAACUCCUUGGAUUUUAUUGGAAAGAGUUAAAGAAAAAUACUGUGCGAGAUGACUAUCGCGAACUCAUUGAACUGUCGGUAAUAUAUUUGGGUGGCGAUAGCGAAAACAAAUUAAAAAUUAAGCCACCUGGUGCGAUGCACCAAGCUCGGUGGAUGGCAAGAGCGAUUUACGCUAUAAAAAUGUUUUUGCUAAAAGACCAAAUAAAAAUUAGUGCAAAGGACAAGCGAGCAUUGCAAGAUGUUUCUCUAUUUAUAGCGACUUCAUAUGUCAAACCAUGGCUUCAGUGCAAUAUGGCUGUGAAGGCUCCUAAUCAGGACUUGUGUUUUCUAAAAACAUUGAAGAGGUAUGAAGCGAUUGACAAAGUGAUCUCGAAAGCAGCUUUAGAUAAGUUCUGCAAACACUUGUGGUAUUUGACGGAUGAGGUUGCCAUUUUAGCAAUUUUCGAUGAUGAACUAGACGAUGAAGUGAAAAUACGGAUGAUUUCUAAACUAGAGUAUGAUAACGAGAAGCCGUGCCAUCUGGAAAAGAGAUAUAUUCCAUCUAAACAAGAAAUCGCAAACACUUUAUUUACUAAAUGUUUGGAUGAUUUCGUGUCUACAAAGAGCAAACAUUUGUUUACACGCUUGAAAAUUGACACAAGCUUCUUGAGUGUUCCUGUUUUAAUGUGGAGCCAAAAUGAUGCUUACUUGAAUGCUAAAUCUAAAAUUUCGACUCUUCGAGCAGUUAAUGAUACAGCAGAAAGGGCAGUUAAGCUGAUGCAAGACUUUCACGGAUUAAUAACGGCGGACGAAGAGCAGAAACAGUUCCUAUUACGUUGUGUUCAAGAGCACAGAAAGCUUUAUCCUGAUUGUAAAAAAGCUACUCUGCGAAAAAUGUAUCCCAAAUAAUUAUAAUAACAUUUAAUUUCAUGAUUAUGAUGUUUAUUUUUACUUAUUUCCCUAUU